CCAAUCAGGAGGCUCCUUCUUGGGAGGCGCUGAAGUUUUCACAGGGCCGAUCGUCAACAUGUCUUCAUCAGAGGCUAAUAACGGCCCGAGCCAAGCGCCACCUUACGCAGGUGUACCGCCCUCGGGGAUGCCUCCGCCGUUUAUGGGACCACCGGGAAUCCCGCCUCACUUCCCUCCAAUGGGGAUUCCUCCAAUGGGGCAGCGGCCUCCCAGUAUGACCCCCAUGCCUCCAGGAAUCAUUCCCCCUGGAAUCAUGCCCCCAAUGGGUGCACCACCCAUGGGACAGAUGGCAGGCAUGAUGCCACCUAUGAUGCCAGGAAUGAUGAUGCCGCGGAUGCCAGCUGCGACGGUGCAACCAGCGGGACCGCCUGGAGUUGAAGCUGCAGCUGCUGUGCCUGGAACAGCUAGUACUACCAAUGGUUCUCCACCUGAAGAAACCCCAAAGAAGAAGUCUGUGUGGACCGAACACAAGUCACUGGAUGGAAAGACAUACUAUUACAACACAGAGACCAAGCAGUCCAUAUGGGAGAAACCAGAUGAGCUCAAGUCACCAGCUGAGCAAAUGCUUUCCAAAUGUCCAUGGAAGGAGUACAAGUCGGACACCGGGAAGCCUUACUAUUACAACUCUCAGACCAAGGAAUCCAGAUGGACCAAGCCUAAGGAGCUGGAGGAUCUGGAAGCCAUGAUCAAAGCCGAGGAGAAUGGGACUGCAGACGCGGCUCCCGGCAUCAGUGUGGCUCCAGCGGUGCAGUCCAUCCCCGCUGCUGCCUUGGCAACGGGGGCGGAGGCAGACAGCUCAGUGCAGGUCUCAGAGGAGCAGCAGUCCCACAAUGCCACACUCCUCACAGACACACCUGUGGCAGAGGGCACUGUCGCUACAGAGACCGCUGCCAGCACUGAGGCCCCAAAAGAGGAACGUCCUGAGCUUCAGAAGAAGACUUACAAAUGGAACACAAAGGAAGAGGCCAAACAGGCUUUCAAAGAGCUGCUCAAGGAGAAGGGGGUAUCCUCAAACUCCUCUUGGGAACAGGCCAUGAAACUUAUCAUCAACGACCCACGCUACAGUGCUCUGCCCAAACUGAGCGAAAAGAAGCAAGCCUUUAACGCCUACAAAGUCCAGACUGAAAAGGAGGAGAAGGAAGAGGCCCGGAUCAAGUACAAGGAAUCUAAAGAAACAUUUCAGAGAUUCCUGGAGAACCACGAGAAGAUGACAUCAAACACGAGAUACAAGAAAGCAGAGCAGAUGUUCGGGGAGCUGGAGGUGUGGAGCUGUGUGCCAGAGAGAGACCGGCUGGAGAUCUACGAAGAUGUGCUCUUUUAUCUUGCCAAGAAAGAAAAGGAACAAGCAAAGCAACUGCGCAAGAGGAACUGGGAGGCUCUGAAAAACAUCUUGGAUAACAUGGCUAACGUCACAUACCGCACGACUUGGUCUGAGGCCCAGCAGUACCUCCUGGACAACCCUACCUUCGCCGAGGAUGAGGAGCUACAGAACAUGGACAAAGAGGAUGCCCUGAUCUGCUUUGAGGAGCAUAUCCGGGCUCUGGAGAAAGAAGAGGAGGAGGAGAAACAGAAGACUCUGCUCAGAGAGAGGAGGAGACAGCGCAAGAACAGGGAGUGUUUCCAGAAAUUUCUGGACGAGCUUCACGAUCACGGGCAGCUCCACUCCAUGUCGGCUUGGAUGGAAAUGUACCCGACCCUGAGUUCAGACAUCCGCUUCGCCAACAUGCUGGGCCAGCCGGGCUCCACUCCUUUGGACCUGUUCAAGUUCUACGUGGAGGAUCUGAAAGCACGCUACCACGAUGAGAAGAGGAUUAUUAAAGACAUACUCAAGGACAAAAACUUCCUGGUAGAAGUAAACACCAGCUUUGACGACUUUGGCUCUGUUAUCAGCUCUGACAAAAGAGCCACAACACUGGACGCAGGCAACAUCAAACUGGCCUUCAACAGUUUGUUGGAAAAGGCAGAGGCCAGAGAGAGGGAGAGAGAGAAAGAGGAGGCGAGGAAGAUGAAGAGGAAAGAAGCUGCGUUUAAGAACAUGCUGAAGCAGUCCACACCAUCUCUGGAGCCCGAUUCCAUGUGGGAGGCGGUCAGAGAGAGGUUUCUGAAGGAGCCUGCCUUUGAGGACAUCACUCUGGAGUCCGAGAGGAAGAGGAUAUUCAAAGACUUCAUGCACGUCCUGGAGCACGAGUGUCAGCACCACCACUCCAAGACCAAGAAGCACUCCAAGAAGUCCAAGAAGCACCACAGGAAACGCUCGCGCUCUAGAUCGGGCUCGGAGUCAGAGGAGGAGGAGUACCACAAGAAGAAAAAGCGCUCUCAGUCCAAGUCCCCGUCUGAGCGCUCAUCCAGCGGAGAGUCUGAGAGGAGCUAUAAGAAGUCCAAGAAGCACAAGAAGAAGGCCAAGAAGAGACGUCACAAGUCUGGUUCUCCAGAGUCUGAGACCGAAAAGAAGCGAGAGCGCGACGUGAAGCGAGAAAAGGAUGACAAAGACAAAGAAAACGACAAAUCCAGAAGCAAAUCUCGCUCUGAUUCCAAACAGAAGUCUCCUAAAAAGAAGGCCAUCAAAGAAGAGGGCGACUGGGACACAUCCGGCAGUGAGUUGAGUGAAGGGGAGCUGGAGAAACGGAGGAGGACGUUACUGGAACAACUGGAUGCACCUUGACCUUGAUCACAGCUUCAUAAGGCUUUAUAAACAUACAUUCACACCUGAGCAAAAAUCACAAUAAUUUCCCCAUUUUCUGCAAGGCUACACUGUCUUUUUUUUUUUUUCAGUCAUGCGGUUAAUUUGUGACUAAAAUGUCAGACUGAUUUGUUAAAAACCUGCUUAGAAAUAUUUUAGUUGACUAGUUGUCCAUGUUCUCUAUUGGUCUUGCAUUUUUAAAUUUGAUAAAGCAUUUUGCUGACACUGAUGAGGGCCUCAAUGUGAAAGUGAAAGUACAUUGUUUCUGAAGCUCAGUCGUGUUCAUAAGGCACUUGAGAAAUAUCGCUCAUACCUCAGACAAUGUCAAUAGGCUUUCAUUUACAACUUGUUUAGAUACCAUGACUUUGUUUAUUGUAAUAAAAAAUGAC